AUUAAGGGUUUGAGAAAUUAGUAGCAUAGGUAUUGCUGAACGGCGGAGUAAAAAGAAACACUCAAUCCUCUCGCGGCCACACCCGCGCCUAUUUACCGUCGCUCUCCCCAGCGCCACUUCAAAAGCCACCGCAGCAUAUAUCAAUCUCCGCCGCAUCACCUCCAGUAGUCCGGUGUUCGAAGAAAGGAACUUCAAUUUUUUUUUUGAGAGUGCAGAAUAUGAAAGAGGAAGAAGUGAAUUGUUGCCAGAUUCAGGAAUGGUACCCAAACUUCAAAUCCGUAUCAAUCAAGACGAUAAUUCACCAACUCCCCGAAGCUUUCGUUGAAUACCUUCUUGAUGACUCUAAGCCCUUUCUAUUGCCUGCUUCCGUCUUAAACGAAGACGCAUUGCCUAAUAGAAUUCACAAUCCUCUUGACGAAGAAGAUUUUCAGGUGUCAGAGGGAUCUGAUGAAGAAGCGGAAGAAUCUUCUCCUCCGCCUUGUUUUCCGGAACUUGAAUUGAAAGUUAAGGAAUCCGUUGAGUCUCUUGGGGGUGCUGUAUUCCCCAAACUGAAUUGGAGUGCCCCGAAGGAUUCGGCUUGGAUAAGUACUUCUGGUAGCCUUCGGUGCACUAAUUUCAGUGAGAUUGCGCUUUUGUUCCGAGGGUCAGACUCGUUAGUCCAUGACUUGUGUCAUGCUUAUGAUUCUUGUGAUGAUAAAGUUGCGUCUCAGCCGCAGAGUUUCUUUCUUGCUCUCCGGAAAUGGUAUCCGUCGCUUAAGCCAGACAUGGAGUUUCGUUGUUUUGUACGGAAUAAGAAAUUAGUCGGAGUUUCUCAACGGGAGGUUACUACUUUUUAUCCCAUUCUGCCCGAAAAGAAGAAUGAUAUCAUGAUACUGAUACAAGCAUUUUUCAACAAUCAUGUGAGAGAUAAAUUUGAGUUGGAAAACUACACGUUUGAUGUUUACGUUACGAACAAUGACAGAGUUAAGAUUGUGGAUUUCAACCCUUGGGGUGGCUUUACGUUACCAUUGUUGUUUACAUGGGAUGAAUUUGAGCAUGUUCGUAGUGAAGAAGAUGGUGUGGAGUUUAGAAUUGUGGAAGAUCGAUGCGGUGUUAGGCCGGGCCUAAAAACAGCAGUUCCAUAUGAUUACUUGGAUACCAGUCAAGGGAGUGGUUGGGAUCAAUUUCUAAGGAAUGCUGAUGAAGAGUUGAGAAAUCAACGCAGGUCUCCAGAAGCUGGUGCGUGAUAACUUGAUUCUUACUCUCAAUUUUCAACUUUGAGAUUGCAGCAGUGUUGUAAUCUGUGUUGUCAAUUGGAGAUUGCAAAACUAGUUAUUUGUUGUACUGUUGUCAAUUGGAGAUUGCAAAACUAGUUAUUUGUUGUACCUUUGUUACACUACAAUAGCACUGCCAUAACUUUUUUUUGACAAAACUUUGUGCUAACUUGAGGAUAUCUUUAUUGGAUAAUUUAUAAGUAUUUUUGUAAGUGUU